AUGGGCCAAAUGGAACUCCAGGAUGAACUAGGCAAAGGCGCAUACGGCGCAGUCAAGAAGGUCCUUCAUAGGCCAACGAACGUGACGAUGGCGAUGAAGGAAAUUCGACUGGAGCUCGACAAGGCAAGAUUAGAUGCGAUCAUCAUGGAGCUGGAUGUUCUCAAUCGCGCCGUCGCGCCAGAAAUCGUCGAGUUCUACGGCGCUUUCUUCAUCGAAUCUUGCGUUUACUACUGCAUGGAGUAUAUGGACGCCGGUAGCAUGGACAAACUCGAGGCCGCAGGUGUGCCGGAAGACGUGCUGGCACGGGUGGCGGCUUGCACCGUGCGGGGUUUGAAGUUCCUGAAGGACGAGCUGAACGUCAUACAUCGAGACGUAAAGCCAACCAACAUCUUGAUUAACACGCGAGGGGAUGUGAAGCUAUGCGAUUUUGGAGUGUCUGGUCAGUUGAAUAAGUCCCUGGCGAAGACCAAUAUCGGCUGCCAAAGCUACAUGGCGCCUGAGCGCAUACAGGGUGAAUCACGAGGUCAAGGCGAUGCGACCUACAGCGUAUCUUCCGACGUGUGGUCACUUGGCCUGACCAUCGUUGAGAUUGGCAUUGGUCGAUAUCCGUACCCUCCCGAGGCCUACGAGAACGUCUUCUCGCAGUUGACAGCCAUCAUUCAUGGCGACCCACCAGAAUUACCGGAAGACAAAUACUCGUCAGUGGCUCGGGAAUUCGUUGCUCGUUGCUUAGACAAGCACCCGAGCAUGCGUGCAAGCUACACGCAGCUCUUGAACCACCCAUGGAUCGUCAACGACGCCGAGAGCAAGGUUGACAUGCCAGCUUGGGUCACCACCGCUUUGGCCUACCGCGAUGCUCAGAAGGCGCCGCCUUCACAACCCAACGGCGAGGAGGGCGUGCCGCACUCGGUGUAA